UGCGGCACACAAGCAGCACAAGCAAAGAUGGUUGAUGCCGUGGUUGUUGGUGCGGUGGUGGUGGCGCUUGUCAUCGUGGCCGUGAUCCUCAUCAGGAACAAGUACAACACAAAGGCGGUCAAAGUCGACAGCGAAGGCCACGCCGUUGAGAACGAAGAGGAUGACAAGAAGAAGAAUAAGAAGAACCAGAAGAAGGGCAACACAGCAGCAGGCCGACAGCAGGGCCGCCGCCAGGUCAUGCGCAGGAGGCGAGGACGCCAGCAGGACACUGAGGACGAUGAUGAGGAGGAGAACAAUGCCGACGCCACCAGUACCCGGCAGCAAGGUGCAGCGGCUGCGCGUGCAGCGCCUCAACAGCAGCAAACAGGCGAUCACAGCGAAGGAAGCAGCACGGACGACGAGGACGACGAGGAAGGUGACGACCUGGACAAGAUGCUCGCCAAAGGCCAACGGCCCCCACACAUUGGCUUGAAGAAGUGGAAGAAGAUGCAGGAAAAGCGCCAGCGCCGCCUCGCGACAGAGGCUGCGCGGCGGCGGCAAGAGGAGGAGCGGCGACGACGAGAGGAAGAGGAAAAGGCGGCAGCGGAUAUGAGGGAGGCCGAGACGAGGGAGGAGGAGGAGAGAAAGGCCGAAGAACAACAGCAACUGGAGGAGCAGAAGAGGAAGGAGCAAGAGGAAUACGAGGCCAUCAAGGGCAUGUUUGUGAUGGAGACAGAGGGAUCGCAGGCAACGGAGAUCCAGGACGAGUCACAGAGUCUGCUCACGGACUUUGUCAACUUCAUCAAGGAGAAGAAGGUCGUGUCGCUGGAGGACCUGGCCACGCACUUUGACCUGCGCACACAGGAGGCAAUCAACCGCGUCAAUGCGCUUGAGAGCAUGGGCUGGCUCACGGGCGUCACAGACGACAGGGGAAAGUACAUCUACGUCUCAAAGGAGGAGCUGGAGGGGGUGGCCAAGUUUUUGAAGCAGCGCGGCCGUGUUGCCAUCGAAGAACUCGUCGAGAACUCCAACCGCCUCAUCGCCCUCUCGUGAACACACACGCGCACGCGCGCAAUGCCCCCCCCCCCCAAUUUUACACUCACCACUCGCCCCUAACAAUCGAUCCCUUGUGUUGCAUGGAACGGAGUGGCACUUGAUAAACGGAUUCCAACCUUUGA